AUGUCGAAGCGAACAAGUGCCGGCGCCCCCAACGGCGGCCGCCUCGACAAGGACGCCGCUCUCGUGAACCAGCCCGCCGUCGACAAGCAAAAGACGCUGCUCUCCGCCGACGUCGGCCAUUUCUCCCUCGUCCGCGCCAUGCACCUGGCCGAUCUCAUCACCCUCAUGAACGGCUUCUGCGGCGUCAUGUCCAUCUUCUCCUCGCUGCGCUACUGCCUCGACGCCGAUCCCUCCGCCCACGGAAACCUCUGGCUCGCGCUCUACUUCCUGCCCUUUGGCUUCUUCUUUGACGCCUUUGACGGCAAGGUGGCGCGCUGGAGGAAGAAGAGCAGCCUCAUGGGCCAGGAGCUCGACUCUCUGGCCGAUCUGAUCUCCUUUGGCGUCGCCCCCGCAAUGGUCGCAUUCACCAUCGGCCUCCGCUCCGUCGCCGACACGCUCGCCCUGACUUUCUUCGUCCUCUGCGGCCUCACCCGCCUCGCCCGCUUCAACGUCACCGUCGCCGUCCUACCCAAGGACGAGUCGGGCAAGAGCAAGUACUUUGAGGGCACCCCGAUCCCCACCUCGCUCGCCCUUGAUGGCGUCAUGGCCUACUGGUUGCACAAGGGCUGGAUCCUCGACGCCGUCCCCUGGGGCGUCUGCUUUGAGGGCACGUCGCUCGAGUUUCACCCGGCCGUGCUGAUCUUUGUCCUCCACGGCUGCCUCAUGACCAGCAAGACGAUUCGCAUACCCAAGCCUUGA